CCUCAGGCCAUGAAAGUUAAAGAGAAGAUGGAUCCAUAAUCCCCUGCUUCUUCAGUGGCAGUGGAACAAACCUAGGGUAAAGGUAGCAGUAAUGCUCACAUUGGCGAGCAAAUUGAAGAGGGAUGAGGGCGUUAAAGGAUCCCGUCCAUCUAGCGCAGCCUCGGACUCCACACGGAGAGUGUCUGUGAGGGACAAACUGCUUGUUAAAGAGGUUGCAGAGCUUGAAGCCAAUUUACCUUGUACAUGUAAAGUGAAUUUUCCUGAUCCAAACAAGCUUCACUACUUUCAGCUAACAGUCACCCCAGAUGAGGGUCACUACCAGGGUGGAAAAUUUCAGUUUGAGAUAGAAGUCCCUGAUGCUUACAACAUGGUGCCUCCCAAAGUAAAAUGUUUGACUAGAAUCUGGCAUCCUAACAUCACGGAGAUGGGGGAAAUCUGUCUGAGCUUACUGAGAGAACAUUCAAUCGACGGCACUGGAUGGGCUCCCACAAGAACGUUAAAGGAUGUUGUGUGGGGAUUAAAUUCUUUAUUUACCGACCUUCUGAAUUUCGAUGACCCUUUGAAUAUUGAAGCUGCGGAACACCAUCUGCGGGACAAGGAGGACUUCCGGAAUAAAGUUGAAGAUUACAUUAAACGUUAUGCCAGAUGAUGAAGGAUGGCAGGACCAUAGUUUUGCACCUCCAAGUUGUAUCUGUCACUUAAAAAAAAGAAAGAAAAAACAAAUAUUCCGCAUCCUCCUUCCCCACCCCUUCCAACUCCCCAUCCGCCCCACUGGCUUGUACACGUCCCGUGACCGUGUUGUACUGAAGAAGAAAACCUUCCCAACUGUCCAUUUUACAUGGAGAACUCGCAUAAAUACAGCAAGAACUUGUGUGUAUUUGGUUUAAAAAAGUUGUUUGCUUUAAAAUGUUUACUUUGCUGAA